GUCAUGACCUUUUUGAUCUAUAUGCUGGAACAGUGGAAGAUGAAGAAGGCGUGGACAAUCUUAGCUCUGGCGGAGGUGGUAGCCCUCCUCUGGUCGCCGCUGCAGUUUCGCUCGAGGCUGAGGGUGUUCCUGAUGAGAGUGGAGCUGUUCUUCCCCAUGGAGGUGGAGGAGCUGGAUCUGCCGCUGAGCCACCAGCGACUCUUCAUGGCGGUGGUGUGCCUCCUCUGCGCGAUGGUGUGGACCAUGGGUGUUCUGGUCAUGCCCAAGUACUUCCAGCGGAAGACACUGCGCUUCAAGUGGAAGGUUCUGGCCAUGGUCUCGACUAUGCUCGAGCUCGCGGUGGGCAUGGGCGGCGACGCGAGCGCGGCCGCUCCCGACAGCGGCUUCAACCAGGUGGUCGCAGCCCCCCGCUGGGUGCGGCGGCCGUACCACCUGUGGUUGGAGGUGUUCCGUAUGAAAGUGAAGCAGAUGAUCCACCUGGUGGUGGUGUUCCUGAUGAUGGUGAAGCUGUUGAAGGUCCUGUGCCUUUACCAGGAGAUACUGCGCCUCAAGUGGAGGCUUCUGGACACCAUGGCGUUCCUGAUGAAGGAGAAGAUGAUUAUCAUCCUGAAUGUGGAGGGGCAGGUCUUGGUGAUGAUGCUCCUGCGGUUCUUCCUAGCGGUGGCGAGCAUGCUCGUCAUGAGUCUGAUGGUGUUCCUGAUGAAGGUGAAACUCAGGUUCUCCUUGGAGGUGGAGGGGAUGGACCUGUCGCUGAUGGUUCUGCGCCUCCACCUGGAG